ACCGUGGAAAAGAUGACUGUUGAUGCCUUUACGUAAAGGCGGAUCCGUGACGAUCGUACCGAGACAUUUCAUUAGUCGCAACUUCUAGCUGCUGUUUUCGUCAAGAUCAAGGUAGCCAGUAGCCACGGCUGGCUUCCGUCAGCGAGCGACAAGCAUUUGGAAUUCAGCAGGAGUCAAUCAAUCAGGAAAGCCAGACACGGGUGCUUAGCAGGCAGUCGUUCUGAUCUUCGGAACGACCUUGGCUGGUAUCAUAUCUCUAUUAACUUCGAUCGGCAAUGUCUUUACUCGCCUCUACCAUAAAUGGAGCAGGGUAUGUCUUGACCAAUGGAGAGGAUAAGGAUGUCGGUAAUGGCUUCGAGUUCACUCGUCGCAAGAGGUGGCCUCAACUGUUGAUGCAGGAGUUGGUUGGGUCCGCCUUGUUUUGCAUCAAGCCAGUCGUCAAGCCGAGUACAUCCGGAGAUGCUGGAGGAGUGCAGUACACCUGGAAGAUCAUGUUCGUCUCGCCCUCAGUGGAGGAAAUGAUCGGUCAAAGUCCAGCCGCAUUGGAGGGGAAAGACUUUCUGGAGAUCGUCCAUUCUCCCGAUCGUCCUCAGUUGAAGAAGUUCUUUGUCCACCUACUGGCUCCCAACCCCAGUCCACAGAAUUCCGAUUCAUCCACUACGACCAUGACUUCCCUCAACACCCCGUCUGGACCUGCGCUGCCUAUCGGGACCAGUACAAAGUCCGAAACCACAUUCAUCCGUGUUGAGACCGUCCCCAACACCUCGAAGAAGGCGUCUAGCAAAGAUUCUGUACCCAAGAAGCCUGGCCAGGUCGUGUGGGAGGUUAGAGCACACGCUACAGGGGUGGAGAAUCCAGGUGAAAUUGAAGAGCGAACCAUGCAGCUUGGUACGGGGAUGAAUGGGACCGUCAGUCAAGUAGAAGGGAAGAAUGGCGUGGAUCUUAAAGGCAAAGCCAUAUGGGUCAUGGGGCGGAGUACCGCGGAACCUACGGGAGAAUCUGAUGGAAAUGCGCAAUCCCUUGAUGCGUUUCUCGAGCUCAAAUUAGAGAACGAGAAGCUAAGAGAAGAGCUCAGAGAGUUGCAACAGGAAUAUGGCGAGGACGAUAUGCCGAUACCAUCCUAUCUCGAUGCAUCUCCCUCUCGCCCCUCGGCGAACUUACAAACACCUUCCUCUUCGGCAUCAGACGACGAAGACGAUUCUUCCCUCGAUUCGUCUUCGCCAUCAUCACCUGACUACGCUAAUGCGACGAAACCGAGUGUCGCUGGCAAAGUGGGUCGUCCGCCUAAAGACCCAGCGGCUAGAGAGAAGAAAAAGGCGAAGAAAGCCGCGAAUGCUCAGACUGCGAGAGUGCAGGCAACGGGGGUAGAGGGUGGAGAGGGUAUGCACGUCUGUGUGACCUGCGGACGGACAGAUAGUCCCGAAUGGCGCAAGGGACCGUUGGGUCCGAAAACUUUGUGCAACGCUUGCGGAUUGCGAUGGGCAAAGAGAAAUUCUUCAGCACCGACUCGGAAAGAACGCAAGGCAAAGUAGGGAUAUCCAAUGUCGCCAGGAUCGAGUCUUGACACAGCAUGGCAGUCUGGCCGCAAUGUAUGUAUAUGUAUUAGUCCUACCAGGAUUGUGUCACCUGAGCGGGGACGGCGAUGCCCUUGCAUUCUCUGACCGGAAGAUCAAGCAGAAGGCAUGACAGCAAUCACGAGU